UGGCUCCUCGCUCUGAUGCGUGGGUUGGCUCUCAAACAAUAGAAAGUGGUAUGUACCAUCAUGGUCUCUACGAUAGGUACAUUUCCCUACGAAGUCAACAUGAUCUUUUCUACUUUGCAUUUAUAAAACACAGUUUCUUCGCGUGUGGAUCAAUAUGUGUGGAUGAAUUCAUCUGAAAACCUAUCGUCAACUCAACUUCGCCCGUUGUACUGUCCGUUGCAUUAGAUUGUGCCCCCGGGAUCUCUUUUUGAAGGGGAAUUGUGCCUUGAUCCUUCGCUGCUACCUUUGUAACGGGAUUCAUUUUGCCCCGGCUAUGAUAACCACAGCGUGGAAUGAGGCUGGAUAUUUGAAUUGAUUGAAACAGCGAAUUGCACUGUACUGCAGUAGAGAUGACAAGAACAUAGGAGGAAUUGAACAAACAUUUAAGGUGUGGUAGUCGUGGUCCUGGUAUCCCAGGAUGCCGUUGGUGAAGAGGAGUAUCGAGCCCAGGCACCUGUGCCACACAGUGCUGCCGCGGGCCAUCAAGAAUGAGCUGGAGUGUGUGACCAAUGUGUCCCUAGCUAAUGUCAUACGACAGCUCAGCAGCCUCAGUAAGUAUGCAGAGGACCUGUUUGGGGAGCUGUUCAACGAGGCCCACUCCUUCUCCUUCCGGGUCAACUCCCUGCAGGAGCGGGUGGACCGCCUCUCUAUCAGCGUCACACAGCUAGAUCCUAAAGAGGAGGAGCUAUCUCUCCAGGACAUCACUAUGAGGAAGGCGUUUAGGAGCUCCACCAUCCAGGACCAGCAGCUGUUUGCCCGCCAGUCACUGCCCAUCCCCCUGCAAGAGACCUUUGACCUCUGCGAGCAGCCGCCACCCCUCAACAUCCUCACACCCUACAGGGAUGAUGGUAAGGAGGGGCUGAAGUUCUACACCAACCCCUCCUACUUCUUUGACCUGUGGAGAGAGAAGAUGCUGCAGGACACAGAGGACAAGAGGAAGGAGAAGAGGAAACAGAAGUUGCAGGACCCCCACAUGUAUGAUCAGGUCUAUAGGUACUUAGACCUCCCAGGACAGGUUAGGGGAAACGACCGUACUCUGGAGACUGAGAAGAUCCCGCGGGCGCCUCACGACCGGAAGAAGGAGUGGCAGAAACUGGCACUCGGGGCGGAGCUAGCUGAGGACGACCCUGAAGGGGCCCUGAAGCACAGAGAGGCUAACGGCUCCACUCCCUAUUACGACAGAGCUCCUAGUUACUUGGAUGGGAUGGACGGGCCAUUCUCCCUAGCAGCGCUGCCCUACAGCCAGAUGAAUGAGCUGCUGAACCGCCCUGGGGACAGAAUGUACACACGACCCCAUGACCCCCCACCACCACCCCCUAUGCACCAUCUGGGAGACAUCAAACCCCCCUCCAUGAUCAGCUCCAGUUCAGGUUUUUCAGACAGCAGACCCCAAUCUCCAGCACAGCCUCACAGCUUCAACUCCAACACACCUCCCCCUCCGCCACCCCCCUUGCCCCCUCCACCUCCUCCCUUGCCUUCCAUGUCUGGUUUUGGCCCUCGGGGCACCCCUCCUCCCCCUAUUCCUCCUCUACCUGUCCAGCAGAGCCCCCGGCCAUCCCCCUCCCCUGCCCCUCUCCAGAUCGCCCCUGGCGUCCUCCACCCUGCCCCUCCCCCAGUGGCACCUCCCCUCCACAUCUCCUCCCCAGCCCGUCUCCAGCAGGUCCUGGACAGGGGCCCGACCCCUGGCCAAUCAGAUGGCACCGUGCUGCCUCCUCCCCCUCCCCCGCCCCUCCCAGGAGUGCGGAGCUCCUCCCCCUGCCUGCCGGGCCCACCCCCCGUGCCUUCCUUCCUGUCAGGUGCCAUGGCGUCCCCACUUUCUCACUCCGGGGGGAAAAAACACUCCACCAACCUGCCGCCCAUCAGCGAUGCACGCAGUGUCCUAUUGGAGGCCAUCCGCAAAGGUAUCCAGCUCCGGAAGGUGGAGGAGCAAAGAGAGCAGGAGGCAGCCAAACACGAGCGUGUGGGGAACGACGUGGCCACCAUCCUGUCCCGACGCAUUGCCGUCGAGUACUCCGACUCAGAGGACGAGUCCGAGUUCGACGAGGGAGACUGGAUGGAGUGAAUGAGAUGGAGGGAGAGGAAAAGGAAAGAGAGGGGGACAAAAGGCAAAACUGUCACCCAACUGUACCCCCUUUAGAGAUGUCAGAAUCCAUCCUUACAACCACUAUCCUCUGUCAGUCCUGUUUUACCCCCUCACCUGUCAUACUCUACACCUCUCUCUCUCUCUCGCCCUCUUGCUCUCUCCCCCCCUCUUUCUGACUCCCCUUUCUCUCUAUUCUCUCUCUCCCCCUAUUUUUCCUCCAUCUUUCUCUUUUUCUCUCUCUACACCUCUCUCUCUUCUCUCCCUCUCUACCUCUCUCUCCCUAUUUCUCUCUCCUCCCCCUCUCUGUCUAUUCUCUCCCUUCCUCUCCCUCUACACCUCCCUCUCUCUUUCUCUCUCUCCCUCUGUCCCUCUCGUUCUCUGUCAUAUAUUGUUCUUGGUGUGUUUGUAGGAAAAUAUCCAUUUCAGUUGUUUGUUCCCCAUGUUCCGGUUGGGAAAUGUUUUUGUACUCAUUAUCUACACAUCGUUCAGUGGAUCUCAUGUUAUUUCCCUUCUUUAUCCUCCAAUUGUAUGAAAUCCUCCUCAUGUACAGUUGUUUAAAAAAUGAACGUUAACCAAACAGUUUUUUUGUUUCCGAUAACCUUUUAAAGAAAAGCUAUUAACAACCACACAUUUUUUUACUUCCUUUGUUUCUUGCUGUUGAGUGUCAACGUGACGAAGUGGCGUGAUUCUUCUGUCCUUAGUUCUGAUACUAUCCUGCCACCUGGUGGGCCAAAGUGGAGGUGAAUUGAUUCUGUAUUUUAUUAUCUCUAUUUUGAGUUUCUUUUCUUACAGAAAAACACAUGCAGUUUUUAAAUGGGCCAGUUGUUGCCAAUAUGAACCACUUGAAGGAUGGUAGCCAUCCUGAAUAUCAGUCGGCUGUGGUUGUUUGCUGAGGAGAUUUAUUGGAGUCGAUGUUUGUUUUUAUAUUAUCAGGAUUUUACUUAUCACCUCAGAACAAGGAACUAUUGUGAUGAUGGUAUGAUAUGUUAUGUGAAGAUUGUUGUAUGAUUAGGAUGAUGAAGAUAAGAAGGAUAAUUGUGAGACAUUAGAAGGAAGUUAUUGAGUGAUCCGAGCUAAUCUAUGUUAAUCGUUCCCUUUUGUCACCCAAGAACGUGUCUGUCAAGUUUAGGCAAAUGUUUUAUUAUCUGGGUAUGUGUGUCCUCAAAGAGCCACCGUAAUGUAUCUUGGCAGCAUGGAAGUGUCAUGAAGUUUGGAGCCAUAUGGUAUACUAUACUAGACUAGUGUCUGACCAAUAGGAACCACUUUGCAGUAGUGUCUGACCAAUAAGAACCACUUUACUGUAGUGCUGACCAACAGGAACCACUUUACAGUAGUGUCUGACCAAUAAGAACCACUUUACAGAAUGAAUAUCAAAGGCAGCUUAUUUCCCAGGGUCUCCCACUCUGUGUGUGCUGACUAACAAGAAGCCUUACCUCGUUUGACUCUAGAACCCUAACUAACAGUUACUAUGAAGAAUUAAAUCAGCAGCAAGGGUCUACCUGUGUUUCUGCUGCCCAAGGGGGCGGGACUCUGAUGACAAAGAAAGAUUUAUCUGCCUUCACUGCCCCCUUUGAAGAAGAUGAUGUCUGCCGUCCUUUUCUUUCUCUCUUCCUUCUUUCUCUCUCUUCCUUCUUUCUCUCUCUUCCUUCUUUCUCUCUCUUCCUUCUUUCUCUCUCUUCCUUCUUUCUCUCUCUUCAACUUGCCUUAUUGUUUGUACAGACGUAUUGUUGAGUUCAUGAAUGUAUCGUGCUGUUACUACUUUUUGCCUGCACUCGUAUGGAUUAGCUGUUUCUAUGUUUGGGGACGAGGGAAACCGAACCCUGGGUUAAAAAAAUAUCAAACCGUGUAACAUGUAACUUAUGUAAUUGUAACAGUUUGCUUGAAUUAAUAAAAGCUAAUGUUAUGUUUCAGGA